AUGGGAAAAUCAAGACUUGCAAAAGAAGAAGGAUGGAGAGCUCGUUCAGCAUUUAAAUUGAUUCAGUUAGAUGAAGAAUUUGGGCUUUUAAAAGACGUUAAAAGAGUUAUAGAUUUAUGUGCUGCUCCUGGAUCUUGGUCUCAAGUUCUCUCAAAAAAAUUAAUAGAGGAUAAUGAUUCUUGUGAAAACAUAACGAUUGUUGCAGUUGAUUUACAACCAAUGACUCCUAUUAAAGGAGUAAAAACUCUUCAAGCAGAUAUUACACAUCCAGAUACUCUCUCUCGUAUUUUAGAAAUAUUUGGUAAUAAACAUGCAGAUUUGGUUAUUUGUGAUGACGUUACUGGUUUACAUGAUCUUGAUGAAUAUAUUCAAGAACAGCUUCUUUUUUCUGCUUUAAAUAUGACUACUUGUAUACUUCGUCCUGGAGGAAAUUUUGUUGCAAAAAUAUUUCGUGGUAGAGACAUUAGUUUUUUAUACGCUCAAUUAAAAUGCUUUUUUGAAAAAGUAACAUGUGCAAAACCUCUUAGUAGCCGAGGAAGUUCUAUUGAGGCAUAUGUUGUUUGUGAAAAUUUUUCUUUGCCUGAAGGUUAUAAACCAGAUAUUUCUGCUCCUUUUCAAGAAAAAAAUGAUCCCGAUAUGAGUUAUAUUGUUCCUUUUGUAGCAUGUGGAGAUUUAAGUGCUUAUGAUUCAGAAGCAACGUAUGUUUUUGAUACAGAUAAAAACUCAACAAGUUUAGAUGCCAUUCAGCCCCCUAUUGCUCCUCCAUAUAAAAGGGCUAUUGAAAUGAAAAGAAAAGGCGAAUUACAUAAUCAAAAAUGGACUUAUUAUGGAACGUAA